AGUGGGCCAAAAUGUUCCUCGUCCUGCUCCUGGGGCUCUACGUGGCCACAGGUGAGCUCCUCUCCCCAGUGAGCUCCUGCCCGUCGCAGUGCAGCUGUUUUUACCACAACCUGAGUGAUGGAUCAAAGGCCAGAAGCGUGAUUUGCAACGAUCCCGAGAUAUCCCUCGUGCCUGUCGGGUUUCCUGUUGACACGUCCAAGCUGCGGAUUGAGAAGACUGCCAUCCAGCAGAUACCAAGCGAAGCCUUCAACUACCUCUCCAGUCUGGAAUUCCUGUGGAUGUCUUUCAACACGCUGUCCGCCUUGAGUCCGGACAGUUUCCGGGGACUGCUCAACCUGGAAGAGCUUCGUCUGGACGGGAAUGCCCUCACCGCCUUUCCCUGGGAAUGUCUCAUGGAUAUGCCCAGUCUCAGACUUCUCGAUUUGCACAACAACCAGCUCACCUCGCUGCCAGCGGAGGCCACCUCUUACAUCAAGAACCUCACCUACCUGGAUCUGUCCAGCAACAGUCUGCUGACGCUGCCGGAAGAGGUGCUGUCCACCUGGCUGGCGGCAAAACCUGUGCAAGGGCCAGAGAGCUCCAAAAUGAUACUUGGUCUCCACGACAACCCCUGGGUGUGUGACUGUCGGCUCUACGACCUGGUCCAGUUCCAGAAGUCCCCGUCUCUUUCGGUGGCAUUCAUUGACACAAGGCUCAGGUGUUCAGCCCCAGAGAGUGUAUCAGGGGUCUUGUUCAGUGAUGCAGAGCUGCGGCGUUGUCAGCUCCCACGUAUCCACACAGCUGUGGCACGAGUCCGGAGUGCUGUUGGGAACAAUGUGCUGCUCCGCUGUGGGACCAUUGGAGUCCCCAUCCCAGACCUGUCGUGGCGCAAGGCGGAUGGGCGACUCCUUAAUGGAACAGUCCAGCAGGAAACCUCAAAGGAAGGAAUCACCUGGUCAGUCCUCAGUGUCCCAGCUGUGUCCUAUCGGGAUUCAGGGAAAUACAUCUGCAAGGCCACUAACUACGCAGGGAACGCUGAAGCUGUCAUUUCUCUCGUUGUCUCUAACUCGCCAAAACAAGAGGGGAACCAAACCAGCAACGACAAGAAAGCCAAAGUCAAGAAACCCAACCAGAUGGGCAAAGCUGCCUACCAGGAGAAACUGGUAGCCAGAUAUGUGGUCCCAACCUCCCCCCCUUCAUCCCUGCCUGCCCUGGAUCCAGGCCUUCCACCUGGUCUUGGUCCUGAUCCUGGACUAGCCAGUUACAGCCUGGUUGACAGAGCCACCCCUGGGCCUGCCACCUCCUCCAACCCAGAUGCACUGCUGGAUCUGGAGAAGACUAAUCUAAGCAACCUGGCGGCCAACACGUCGUCACUGCAGCAGGACCCGGACAGGGUGGUCCGCUCUGUAAAGGUGGUGGGGGAUACAGACAAUACAAUUUCUUUGAACUGGAGAGCCCCUAAGGCCAAGAACACAACAGCAUUUAGUGUGCUGUAUGCUGUGUUUGGAGAGAGGGACAUGAGGAAGAUCAAUGUUGGGGCGGGGCAGAACCGUGUCACCAUCGAGGGGCUGGUGCCCAGGACCAAGUAUAUUGCCUGUGUGUGUGUGAGGGGGCUGAUCCCCAAGAAAGAGCAGUGUGUCAUAUUUUCCACCGAUGAAGCAGCCAGUGCCACUGGGACCCAGCGGCUGAUUAACGUGAUUGUGAUCACAGUGGCCUGUAUCAUCGCAGUCCCACUCACUGUCAUCGUGUGCUGUGGGGCUCUGAAGAGACGCAUUCAGAAGUACUGGGGAAAGAAAUCCAAGGACAUCCAAGAUUCAUAUGUGACCUUUGAGACACUGUCGCCUGGCACAAAGGCCAAAGGGCUCGAGGGCGAGUAUUUGAACAGACUGAACCCAGAGGAGUCCAACAGGCUGCUGUCAGCCCGCUCCAGCCUGGACUCUGAGGCCACAGCUAAGAUAGAGGGACAGCCUAACGAGUACUUCUGCUGACGUCAUGCUCCAGCUCCGGCUCCUGCUCCACGCCAUCUUCCCCGCGCUCACCCGCAUCCACGUCCCAGUCCGACCCCUAAUACCCAUUCACAUCCUCAUCACCACCCCCAUCCCCACGUCCACCCACAUCCAUAUCCCCAUCACUACACGUACUCUCACCCUCAGCAACAUCCUGACGUCAGUCCCCCUCCCACGUGCUCCCGAACGCCCACACCAUGGGAUUCCCCCCCACCUGUCCCUCCU